GGACUCUCCCGCGUCUUUCCUGCGGCUAUGUAGUCCGUCAGUCCUCGACUGUCCUGAGCAUGCGGAGCUCCCUCGCGACUCUCUGUCUCGUGGUCAUCCUUGCCUAUACCGAAUCUAAUGUCUCCACGAGACUGCCCGGCCUCAUCGAAAUUGUGUGUGCGCGCGCGCACUAUAGUUUCAAUUUUUAAAUUGUCCUUGUUCAUCUUAAUGUAAGUGCUUUCAGUGUAGUCUGUUAACGAAAUAAAAGGGUUUUUAUGCCGAAAGGCUUUUCCCUCCAAUACAGUGUGAAUUCAGUUAAUCGGACCGCUCAUUCCUUUCCUAAAAAAUCCGAAAUCAUUCUAAUCUAGGCUUUUAUGUGCCUCCCACAAAAAAGUGUCCGCAGAUGUCCCAGCAUACUCUGAUGAUAUGAUACUCAUCGUCGCAUACUUAAGCAUGUAUUAAUGCGUGUCCGACGAUAAAAACACUACCACUACACGCGAACGCAAUAUGAGCUAUCCAUAAUCCAGCUGUCUCCUGAAGAGUACGCGCAUGAGCAGUCAGCAGAUGAGACGCGGCGCGUGCAGUCGCCUCACGCCUGGGCCCUGGCUAGCGAGAGGCGAGCGUCCAAAAUUCACGGAAUCCGGCAGUCUUUAUCUAUGCGUAUACUGUUUAUCAUCCGCCGGUCCACCCCCCUGUUGUCUCUUUCUUGCACAUCGAGUCUCGUAAUCGAAUCUGAUAGUUCGUUGUACAAGUACCUAUAUAUGAUGUGCAGUGCACAAACGGAGCUGACGAGCCGCGAGAGAGACGAUGGAGACCAUCAGGAGUGCGUUGUCCUAGUGUCUUUGUGGCUGCGUCGGCCCCAACAGCGACAACUUGUCCCGAACAAAUAAGCGCGUAUUCGGUAACAUGGCCGAGGAGAACGGCUCCAACUCGGACUUUGGCGGUUCGCAGGAGAACCUCGCUGCCGCCGACCUAAUCAAUCUGGAUAUUGAGGAGCUGGACGAUGCAGAAUAUGCCAUCCCCGCUGUAGACAAACUGCCUUCAUUGGAGAGCAUUUUGGCAGAGCCUGACUGUGGCUCGUUAUCGGGUACGGACGAUGAUGUGGGGGCUGCUGCUUCUCUGGAAAAGCUGUCUACGAGUGAAACUGUCAGCGUGGGGAGUCUGCUGUCGCUGAACUCACCAAGUAGGCCAAAAACCAGGCAGCCUCCUCUAUCGGGGGUCAUCCUAAGGCAUGUCAUUCUCAAGGGAAUAUGCGCUCAGAUUGCUUCUGCAAGCGAAAAGAUAAAUGCUGGACUGGCCAGUGCGGUUGCAGCAGGUGGCAACAUGCUCGCAAUAGGGACCAGUCAUGGACUUGUGCUGGGAUUUGAUUCAGCUCAGACUUUGAGAUGGUGUCAUAGAGACACAAGACAUCAAGGCUCCAUAUCCGCUCUCUGCUUCAAUCAUGAUGGGACCAGAAUCCUUGCAGGCUUCGCCAAAGGAUACAUUCUCAUGAUUGACAGCUCCAAUGGCAAAAUACUUCGAACUCUGACAGAUGUUCACCCACCAGGAACUGCCGUUCUGCAUGUCAAGUUUACAGAUUCUCCAAAGCUGGCUCUUUGCAGUGAUAGUGGUGGCUCAGUUUUUGAACUGACUUUUACCAGAACCAUGGGUGUAAGGGGCUGUGAAAGCAAGUGCUUGUUCAGUGGCUCCAGAGGAGAGGUCUGCAGUCUUGAGCCUCUACUUCUCGACGAACUGGCCAUUCACCCGUUAAAGAAUUACACGCUUGUUGCAAUGGCGACUUUAUCCAAAGUUAUCGUAGUGUGCAUACGACCCAGAAUGCGCGUCGUGCUGACUCAUCCGUUAAAUGGUGCUCCCAUAGCUCCUCCUCAGGUCGCCUGGCAAUUGGUGGUAAUACGCUCUGUCAACGCGACGCGAAUUAUUGACCCUGUCUUAGCUUUGGGUAGGGAUAAUAUUAUCCACUUUUAUCAAGUAUGUAGUGAAGCCGGCAUGCGCGUACGACUGACGCCCCUGAGGCGCAUAAUCUUAGACUACACGAUGAGCUGCCUGCGCUGGAUGAACUCGCGCUCGCUGGCGGUGCUCGAUAUCCACGAGAAGCUCCACUUGCUGGAUGUACGUACACAGGAGAAUCUCGAGAGUCUGGAUGUUAGCAACGUCGGGCUAUCAUAUGCCUCAAGCCACUUUAAAGGCCUGUCAACCGGUGGGAACGUGUCGAAAGCGAUGGCCUUAGCUGGAGAGAGGGCUUGUUAUAACACCGUUAUUACAUUUGGAUCGCAACUUCUGUUGCUCGGCAUGAAGAGCCUGCACGCUAUUUGCGUAAGAACCUGGACUGAGAGGUUGAGGCACCUAACAAUGCAGAAACGUUAUCGAGAAGCUCUGGAGUUAGGCCUAGACUUUUACCGGGACAAGGGCAAAGCUGUAGUUGGUCUUCGGGGCUCGAAGCAACGCCGAAAGCAGAUAGUUCAAGAUAAGGUUUGCCAGGUUCUAGUACGCUAUAUGGAUGAGCUCUCGACCACCUCGGACGCCAGCAACAGCGCAGAGCUUGAGAUUGUCGGCACUUGCGUCGAGUACUGUGUCCAGCUCGAAAGCACGGAGCUUCUUUUUGGCAAACUCUGGGAUUUGGUGUCCGAAUCAGAGAAUUUACGAGGGAUUUAUCUGAGAGCACUCGAGUCGCCUUUAUUGGAAGAAAGUUUGCCUCCUCAGUUGCCACCGCUGAUUGCUCAGCAACUCGUUGCACUUUUCAAUCAGGAAGAUCGGCUUGACUCGCUGCAGGCGAUUAUUAUCCUGCUGAACGUUGACUGCUUAGAUAUUCACCAGGUAACAACAGUAUGUAACGAGCGAGGGCUCUGGGAAGCGCUAAUUCAUCUGCAAACGGCAGCGUUGGGAGACUAUACAGCGCCUAUCCAUCAACUAGUCCCUACGCUUCAAAAAUAUUUAAUGGAUAGCGUAGAUAGUGCUCAGCCAUGGGACUGCAUAAACCUCGGUAAUGCGCUUCUCGUCUAUGCAAGUUGUUGUCUCACAGGCCGGCAGUUUCCACGCAAGAGCGAGUUACCCGAGGGAUUGCCACGCAAAGUCAAGGCUGACGUUCUAAGGGCACUGCUGUCCCAACACUCCAGUCUUGCCAGCGACGCAGAGAGACAGUAUCCGUAUCUUAGAACGCUGCUGAGAUUCGACGCCAAGGGAUUCCUGGACGCGAUAGCAAUGGCCUUUCAGGAGCCCGAGUUUACGUCGGAAAUGGGUCUAAGGCAGCGGCAGCGGGUCGUGGAUAUACUUUUCAAUAUAGUUACAGCAAGCACACCGAUGGGCCCUGAGAAUUCGGAUUAUUUGACAAACGAGCAGAAAAUCUUUGUACUGGUUUUCAUUGUCGACGAAGUCAUUGAGUGCACGGUGAAUCUCGAGUCGAAUUCACUUCAUAGGAUCGUUGAGAUACUAUGCGUUGAGAUAAAUAGUGAGCAUAAAGUCAAGAGAGAGAAUGCCAUAUUAAAAUUGCUGCACGGAAACAAACUCAACAACGUUACCGAAUCAACUCUGUUAAAUCUUACUCGCAAAGCUAAUUUUUUGCGAGUAUUGGAGCUGUUGCACACGAAUCGCGGAGACUGGGAAUCUGUUUGCGAGUGUCUGAUGGCUGACCCACGGCGUCACUCUGAAGUUUUACCGUUAAUACAACAGCUACCUACCAUCCAGUUGGACGAUAUCGUGAAAAAGCAUGCCUCCGAGUUGGUAAGCAUCGAUGCGUCGGGUUUUGCGAGUAUCAUUAUUUCGCGACUCACGGACCAGAUAGCUCGAAUCCUUGAAAGUUUGCGCAAUAACUCGCAGUGCGAAUACGCUCUGCUGUCGGCACUGCAUGCUUAUACAGAAAGCGAUAAGAAGGAUCCUGAAACAACCGAUAAAGAAGAGGAGGCUUCGCCCGAGGAUAAGACCUCUUUUUCAGCCAAAGUCGAACUUCCACCGCAAGCGUUAGAGAGAUUUCUAAAACUCAUGUGUGAUAUUGAACCUGAUAGGGUGCUAAAACAUCUUCAAGGGCCAUAUUGUAUUCAGCCGGUACGUGCAUUACAAAUAGUUAAAGAAGCAAGCCGCAAAGAUGCAGAGGCAGAACUACUUGAACAAUUGGGUAACUAUCAUGGUGCCUUUGAUCUUCUGCUUGGUCGACUUACCGAGAUUACCAAUGAGAGCAACCGAAAUGCAUCCACAGAAAAUGAAGCCGUUAGAAUUACAUCACAACUAGCAGGCUUGUGCAGGAGAUCAGCAGGAACACUUGACUGGAUACCACUUGUUGACGUUGUAUUAAGUUUGCAGUCUAAUAAUGAUGUUCAAAAAAGUAGCAAAAUUCUAGGUGAAAAGUUGUUAAAAGUUAUUUUAGAGACUCUUAGCGGUACGACUGCUCUGUCGACGGUUUUAGAGCAUAUUUUAAAGCAACCUUUAUCUACUGGUGGUACAAUGGGAGAUGUGAGACAGCUUUUGACUGGCGUUUUAGCUCAGUCUAGAUACGAGCAAGUUCUCGUACAAACGACCGCGAGAUUAGUUAGUCUGGAAUUGCAUGAAGCAUUGAAAAGUUCAUUGAGAGAAGCUGGCAAAGCGCGAACUUGUCAUUCUUUGAUUUGUCCCAUUUGCAGAAGAGUGCUUUCUCACGCUAACAAUUGUUUAGUAGUAUUCAAUUGUAAUCAUACAUAUCAUCUGGAAUGCUUAUCAGAGCCAAAAUUAUGUUACGAGUGCUUGAAUACAAAAGGUUGGGCACUUCCGGUUACGGAAUUUUUACCCCCUUCCCCUCGAAGUGGAAAUUCUAAAGGGUCUCAGGAAAGAAAAAAAUUGGAACCUCCAGCUUUUAUGCAGCAAAACAAACUUGUUUCACUAAGACUUGCACCUCCGGUUCCUUGGCCAGAUUUGGAAGAUAUUUUAUAGUCUAGUCACUAUUGAUAAUGUAACUGAAACUUUUACAUCCGGGAAUUGGUUCAGUUCCAUUUAAGUCAACAUGGCAUCUCAAUACUCAACCCCUUUGUACAUUUGUAUACAACUGUAGGUAUAUUUGUAAAUUUAUCAGUGCGUUGUGUAAAAGUAAAUGAUAUAAUUAUAUCUGUUCUUGGUGAUGGAACAGCUAUUUGUUUCUUAAUGUUAUGUAAUUUAUUAUUCAAAUAUAUUGUAAUGUUAGUAAAUUAAUUUAAGUUAUAUAUAAAUAUAAUUUACUAAAAUUAAA